AUGGACUAUAACCUCGUUUUCCAAAGCAGAAUGAAUGGAACUGUUGAUUUUUACAAAGGAUGGAUUGAUUAUGAGAUUGGAUUUGGAGAUUUGAAAUCCGAGUUUUGGUUGGGAAAUAAGUUCAUAAAUAUUCUUACGUCUUCUGGAACUUACAAUAUCUACAUCCAUCUUGAGGAUUUUGAAGGGAAUUCGAGGUACGCAGAGUAUAGCGAGUUCAGUGUAGGGGAUGCCACAACAAAGUUUACUUUGAAUGUUACUGGAUACAGCGGAACUGCAGGAGAUAGCCUGAUGUCUACUGUCGACAACAACCUCUAUAAUCAAAACGGCAUGAUGUUUUCUACUAAAGACAAGGAUAAUGACAGAAGUUCUCGCAGUUGUGUACUUACAUUUCAAGGGGCAUGGUGGUACAAUGAUUGUCAUUAUUCUAAUUUGAAUGGGGCAUAUUUGGUUGGAAAGCACACGUCUAAAGCCGAUGGUAUCAAUUGGGGUACAUGGAAAGGAUUUUACUAUUCUCUAAAAGCUACUAAAAUGAUGAUUAAACGACACUAAAAACCAUUUUAAGAAAGACUCACAAUUUAUUUUUACAAAAGAAAACAGUCAAUUACAUUUUUAGAAAGUUGUUCAAUGACGUAACAUAUAAUCUAUUUGAAGAUAAGCACAGAGUGUAAAAUAUAUGCAUA